AUGGUUCCGCGCGGAAUUGCAUGGGGGGACGCGCCGGACCCGUGCUGCAGCGGACAGGCGGACGGUUUCCGUCGCCACCCCACCGACUGCAGGCGAUUCUGCCUGUGCAGCAGCGGCGACUCGCGCGGGCGCGUCUUCUUUUGUCCCGAGGGCUACGUCUUCGACGUGCGCACCUCGACGUGCGCAAGCACCCACGACGUCGCAUGCCCAGGCGCGUCCGUUCCGGACGCUGCGGCGGGCGCUUCCGCUCUGGGCGCUGCGUCUGGCGCUGCUUCCGCCGGUGCUUCCGACGGCUCUUCCGGCGGCUCUUCCGGCGGCGCGUCCGGCGCUCUUUCCGGCGGCACGUCCGGCGGUGGUGGCGAGGAGGGGGCGUCGCUGUGCGCGGGGCUGGAGGACGGCCCUCACCAGCACCCGAAUGACUGCAGCCAAUUCAUCUUCUGUCUGAACGGCCACGUGAAGAGCACCGUGAGCUGCGGCGCGCGCAUGCGAUUCAGCGACGACUCCAAGACGUGCGAGUACUCCUUCCUCGUCGACUGCCCCGCCGCCGACAGCGCCGCCGUUGCCACGUCGGAUUCCACGUCAGAGGCCGCGUGGGGAGCGACCACCGCCGGUUCCUCCCUGCCCGAUGCAUCUGUCGCCACGUCAUUCGACGACUCUGGCCGUGGCGGUGCCUAUUUUUCUUCCUCUUCCUCUUCCUCCUCUUCCUCCUCUUCCUCCUCGUCAGCAGCAUCCCAAUCGUCGAAUCUGUUCACGGCUGCAGCGGCCAUGGGGGCAGCAAGCAGUGGUCCUUCGGUCUUUGCCCUGGGGCGAGACAAGGUUCCUGGGAAUGCGAAUGGGAUCAGUAAUGGCAAUGGGAACGGGGUUGGCAACGGCAAUGGGAACGGGGUUGGCAACGGCAAUGGGAAUGGGAACGGCAACGGCAACGGGGUUGGCAAUGGGAACGGGAACGGGAACGGGAACGGGAAUGGGAAUGGAUUCGGCAACGGGAAUGGCAACAUCUGGGGCAACAGUGGCAGUUCGGGCAGUGUAGGCAGCACGGGCAGUUCGGGCGGUUCGGGCGGUUCGGGCAGUUCGGGCAGUUCGGGCAGUUCGGGCAGUUCAGGCAGUUCGGGCAGUUCGAGCAGUGCGUUCAUUUGGGCCAGUCCGGGCAGUUCGGUCAGCAAGGGCAGCGUGGGCAGUGGGGGCAGCAGCAGUGGGGGUAGCGUGAGUGCUCCUGUGACCUGCUGUACCAGGAAACCCAAUGGCUACUGGCAAGACCCUACCAACUGCAGCUCCUUCUGCAUCUGUAUGCGCGGCCAAGUGGUAGCAAGACUGCAGUGCCAGUCCCCUCUCCUAUUCAACGACAAUGCCAAGGUCUGCGACGCUCCCGAAAACGUCCCCUGUGCCGCCACCAGUGGGGGUGGUGAUGGGAGCGGCGGUGGUGGUGGUGGCGGCCCUACCCCCUCUCCUCCUUCCUCUCCUCCCCCGCCUUCCACGCCCUCUCCCUCUCCUCCUCCCCCUUCCUCUCCGCCUAUCUCUCCCUCUCCCCCUUCCACCUCUCCAGCUCCCCCUUCCUCCCCCUCCCCUCCUCCGCUCUCCCCUCCCACGCCCCCUCCCUCUCCUCCCCCUCCCGGAUCAUGCUGCGACGGCCGCCCAGACGGAUACUUCCAGGAUGCUUCCGACUGCAGCCGCUACUGCAUCUGCGCGGGGGGCAAGCAGGCAGCGCUGCAGCGGUGCCCUGCAGGGCUGAUCUUUAACAACGACGCCAAGGUGUGCGACGGCGCGUACAACACCACGUGCAACGGCAUGACCGUUGGCGGCCCGGACGUGGAGGACAAGGUGGGAGGCACGCAGCCAUUCGCGUCCGACAAAACGCCCUCGCGUCUCAACCGCUACUCGCGCUACUCCUCGCUCUCCACCGCACUCCCCACCUUCGUCGACUGGCGCGCCGCCGGCGUGCUCUCUCCCGUGCGCGACCAGGGCGUGUGCGGCGUCUGCUGGGCCUUCGCAACCACAGCAGCUGUAGAAGCGGCUGUUUCGAUUUCCAUGGCGAAUUCGCGGCUGUUUGCUGGGAGGCUCCGGGGUGGCAAGGCGAGGUUUUCCGUGCAGCAGGUUGCGGAUUGCACGCAGACGUCUGCUGCUGCGGCGUCGAUUGGCGGGUUUAGCUACAACAACGCUGCUGCUGCCGCUGCUGCUGCUGGUUCUGGUACUAAUGCUGCUGCUGGAACCACCACUGCAACCACCGCCGCAACCACCGCCGCAGACACCACCACAGGCACAAGCACCACAACUGCUGGUGACACCACUUCUUCUGGUGCUGCCACUGGUGCUGCCACUGGUGCUGCCACUGGUGCAGACACUACCUCCUCCGGUACAACAUCUGCAGUCAACGGUGCAGAUUCAUCACCACCGCCACCACCUGCAGAUCCAACGGUCGGUACAGGUUCCGACCCUCUAGACAAUCUGCUCUCUAUCUGCCGGCCCGGGUGGCCAGGGGACGCUCUGGAGUAUGUGGCGGCUGUGGGGAGGCUGCAACUGGACAGGCAGUAUCCGUUCCUGGGGGAGAAUGGUACUGGCCAGUGCUCUGCUCCUGCUCCUGCUGCCCCUGCUGGCGUUGCUGCUGGUGGCGGUGCUGCUGCUGGUGCUGCUCCUGGUGUCGCUCCUGGUGCUGCUAGCGGUGCUCCUGGGGUGGCGCCUGGUGGUGCUGUUACUGCUGCUGGAGCAUGGGCAGUAUGGCAACCGCCUACCGUGGUGCGAUACGAGAUGGUGCCGGCGAGUGAAGACGCGCUGCUGUCAGCAGUGGCGGCGCAACCAGUGAUAGUCAACAUCCAGUCGCGCGUGCCCUCCUUCCUCGCCUAUGCUGGGGGUGUCUACGCGGACCCUCUAUGUGACAACGGGCUGUUAGACCACUCCGUGCUCGUGGUGGGGUUUGGCACAGACCAGGUCUCUGGCACGCCCUACUGGAUCGUUCGCAACAGCUGGGGGGACGCAUGGGGAGAGCAGGGGUACAUGCGCAUGGCUCGAGUGGGCGGGAGGGGUACUUGUGGCAUCACCAGCAUGCCGGGUUUCUACCCUGUUACCACCAGCACAUCGCCGUGUGACAGUCCCAACCCGUGUGGGGCGGGCGAGUGUGUGGAGGACGUGAGGAGGAAGAACAGAGGCGGGUACCGCUGCGCGAGCUGCCCUGAUGGCUACGCUGUCGUGGAGAACUCAGACAAGUCACAGACAUGCGUGUCAGUUGACGCCUGUUUCUCGUCCACCUUCAACCCGUGCGGUGUGGGGGAGUGCACCAACGUGGGAGACGGCACAUACACGUGCGACUGCACGGAGAACACAUGGCCCGUCAUUCGUCCCGAUGGCUCCCCCACUUGCACCAUGGGCCGAGCCUCCGCCUUCUGCCCGUCCCUCUUCACCACCUCAGCCAACGACACCUGCGAAUCAGUCGCCACCUUUGCCCGAAUGUCCGUAGACGACCUCCUAGAAGUCAACCCCGGGCUUAUCUGCGACAAUCUCAAGGGAGGCCAGCAGCUCUGCAUCAGCAUGAAUCUACCCUGGGCCGCCCGGUGCUUGUAUGGAAAGUACACGGUUGUGCGCGGUGACACGUGCGCGGCUAUUAUCUGGAAGUAUUAUCGGCGGUCCACACAGCUCUACACCUCCAUGAAUGGCGGUCCGUGCAUUAACUCGAGGCUUUAUGUUGGGAUGGUGCUGUGCCUGCCUAGAUGA